AAGGAAAGGGAUCCGCCACCGCCGCCGCUGCUGUUUAGAAAACUUGCCGGAUGAAAUCUCUAGUUUGGUGUCAGUUUACAGCCUGUCGAGGUCCGCUGCUCCCAGCUGCCAACAACAUUCCCAAAUACUCUCCUUUCUCGGGCGGGGAGGAGGGAUUUAUUCAGAUCGCUGGGCAGUUGCGUGAAACCGAUUUAAAAAGAGCUGCCGGAGAGCGGGGACAGACAGAUCGCAGAGGAUAACACAGACAGGGAUCAUUCCCACCCUCUCUCUUCACCACAGCCUGCAGACCGCUGAGGAGUUGUGUUCUGUUCUUUGCAACACAGAAAGGCGAUUUGAAAACUUUUUGCAUAAGUUUUGGAAAAGUUUUUUUUAAGUCUUUAUUUUUUUGCUGCAAAGGUUGCCUGUGUGGCGAGAAGCCCCGCGGGGCUCUUCCCCCAACAUGCUGGUCUCCCUCCCGGUGUUGUUGUUUCUGUCUGGGGGUCAGUGGAGCGGCUCGCUGGCGCUGGGGCCCCGCGUCCACUGCCAGCCGUGCGACGAGAAGGCUGCGUCCGUCUGCCUGGCCCCACCGGCCGGCUGCCAGCUGGUGAAAGAGCCCGGCUGCGGCUGCUGCCUCACUUGCGCGCUGGAGGAGGGUCAGAACUGCGGUGUUUACACCGAGGUUUGCGCCGCGGGACUCAAGUGUCUGCCGAAGCCGCAGGAGGAGAAGCCUCUGCACGCCCUGCUCCACGGCCGCGGCGUCUGCAGCCCGGCCAAGAGCCACCAGAGCCCCGUGCCCACGCCAGAGAGGGUGUCCCCCAAAUCUGAGGAGUCACCGGCAUCCGAGGGGACAGAGGACGGUUACAUCACCAAACCUGCACUGAAGAAGCACAUCCGCCUGUCCAACCAGAAGGUGGAGGCGCUGAAACGGGACCAGAAGAAGCGGCUGCGCGUGUCCAAGAUCAUCUCGUCCUCGGAAAACACGGCCCACGACCGGCACCAGACCUCCUACAAGCACGACUCCGAGCUGACUCCGUACCGCGCAGACGGCUCAGGGGUCGUGGUCGCCGUUGGACGGUCAGGCCAUUGUGGACUGGCGCGUAGAGACCGUUCCCGCUGUAACAGGCUGGCGCUCUCUCUGCAGGGUCCGUGUCGACGGCAGAUGGAGGUGGUGCUACAGAGCCUAAACAAGGCGGUCUACCUCAGCCCCGAUGAGGUCUACAUCCCCAACUGUGACCGCAAGGGUCUCUAUAAACGGAAACAGCUGUGCUCUGAUAUUAAACCUGAUUCUGAUUCAGAGGCUGCCAGGCUGGGUAGGACUGUCCACAGCGAAGACAAGUACGCAACUGGGAAUCACCACUGAAGGUCAAUGGAAGAGAAAGGGGCUCCCUGUACAGAAACCCUGCCAAAGUCCAAGGAGGCAGGAGCUCCAUUUACCAGCAACAUGUAUGGAAAAUUCAAAAUGCCAACAGGAAACUCAACAGAAGACAGCAAAAUAAUGCUGAAAAAGAACAUGCACACACAAUGGCGACAGGUGAAAAUAGGCAGGUGGAACAGCAAAGGAAGUUGGGAAAGGAACUUGCAAAAUAAAUCAAUACAAUAUUUCUCCAACUUCCAAUAAUUUCUUCCCCCUUCUUUCUUUUACCAUUCAAUCUAGGUCUUCUCACCUGCCCAUCACUUCCCUCUGAUGCCCCACCUUCCCUUUCUUCCAUCAUCUACUUUCCUCUCCUGUCCAAUCCCUUCAUCAGUCCAUUACCUUUCCACCUAUCUCUUCUCAGCUUCCCACUUCAUUAUCCCCUCCCCAACACACCCAUCUUCCCCUCACCUAUCACCUUCCAGCUUGUACUCUUUUACCUUUCCAGUCCUGAUUACAUCAACUCUUUAUUUCCCUUCAUAGAUGCUGCCUGACCUGCGGAGUUCCUGCAGCAUUUUGUGUGCGCGCGCAUGUAUACAUGUGUACUCUGGAUCCCCAGCAUCUGUAAGAUGUCUUGCAUCAAUAAAAUGUUUUACCAUUUUAUUGGGGAAGGGGUCAACUGGGCCAUUGGUGGCCCUUAAGACAGAAGAACUGAUACCAUUAAAUAUCAAAAAGAAUAGACCAUGAUUCUGGUCACUUCAGUAUAGGAAGGAUGGGGAAGCUUUAGAGAGAAUGCAGAGAUGCCGCCUGGAUUAGAGGCGGCAUGUCAUAUGAGGAUAGUUUAAGGGAACUAGGCCUUUUCUCUUUGGAGUAAAGAAGACAUGACUUGACAGAAGUGUACAAGAUGAUAAAAGGUAUAGAUCGAGUGGACAGCCAUAGACUUUUCCCCAGGGCAGGAAUGGCCAAUACUAUGAGGCAGAACUUUAAGGUGUUUGGAAAAAGUUUGGGGGGGGGGGGAGCUGGUGGAAUGCAAGUUUUUUUGUAUAUAGAGUGGUAGAUGUGUGGGACACACUGCUGGCCAUGGUGGUAGAGGCAGAUACAUUAGGAAGAGUCUCUUAGAUGGCUACAUGGAUGAUAGAAACACGGAGGACUGUGUGGGAGGGAAGGGUUAGAUUGAUCUUGAAGUAGUUUUAAAGGUUGGCGCACCAUGAUGGGUCUGUCCUGUUCUAAGUCCCAGAGCAAAUGCUGGUAACUGAUGCGUGUGGUCAAGUGCUUGAUGGUUAGCAGUCAUGGUGGACCAAAAGGCUUGCUUCUCUGUUGUAUGACUCCACAGCAACCUCAACACCAAUCCAAACAUUGUCCCAGCCCCCGCUGCACAAGGUGUGCAAGGACAGUGAGGAAAUGAGCUGCUAUUUAUUGUCAACAAUCUUUCUCCCCACUGCCAUCAGGCUCUUGAACCAAUCUGAAAAUCCCUAAUUUGACUUCCAAUUAUAUCCCACUCACUCGCAAAUCAUGUUACAUUUACUUUGUCAUGUAGGUUGUAUGUAAUUUAUGUUAAUGUAAGUUUAGACCAUAAGACUAGGAGCAGAAUUAGGCCAUUCAGCCCACUGAGUCUGCUUUGUCAGUCCACCAUGACUGAUUUAUUACCCACUCAACCCCAUUCUCCUGUACUCUUCCCGGAACAUUUGACACUCUGCCUAAUCAAAAACGUAUCAACCUCUGCUUUAAAUACACGCGAUGACUUGGCCUCCACAGGUGUCUGUGGCAAAGAAUUCCAGAUUCACCACCCUCUAGCUAAAGAAGUUCCUCCUCAUUUCCCUUCUAAAUGGAUGUCCCAUUAUUCUGAAGCCCUCUGGUCCUAGACUCCUCCGCUACAGGAAAAAAUCCUCUCCAUGUUCACUCUAUUUAGGCUUUUCAAUAUUCGGUUUCAAUGAGAUUCCGCCCCCCCCCCCCCCCACAAUUCUUCUAAACUCCAGUAUGUACUGGCCCUCAUCAAACACCCCUCAUAUAUUAACCCUUUCAUUCCUGGAAUUAUUCUCAUGUCCAGGGCAAUAAACUUGAAAGAUUGUGUUCCGUUUCUGAUGGAUUUGUUGGAGGUGGCGAUAAGCUUGAUUGGAUUCCUUUUGCAGAUAUGAAGGAGAUGGUUUACAUGGUUGCCAGAAGAUGCUGGUGAAGUCUCUGAUGAGCAUUGUUGAAGUGAAACUGGUGGAGUGCAUCGGAAGCUACUGACCAGACUGUCACCUGGGCGAGGGUGCAGAGGACAAACACCCAUUGUCAGGCUAUGACCAAGGGUUACCACAGGCUCUAUGCCAGUGUAGGGAGCUUUCGCCUGCUGCGUAAACACCAGCCUAUCAGCCACAAGCCCUUCAACGUAUUGGGUGGACAACCAAUGUUGGAGUAUUACUGGGCUGAGCCAAUGGUAAAUCCACAAGUGGGCUUGGUGAUAGUCAGCAUGAGGUCACCUGCUUAGGGUCAGAAGGGAUGGAGCAAGGUCUGGUGGGACUUGCGGUCCAUGUCCAGUGACCAGCGUCCGUGUCGGGCCGGAAGAUAGCGGGAAAGGUAAUGGAACGUCGACCUUUGUAUGCGGAGUCUGGAAACAGUGGGGGGUGGGGAGGAUCUUCCUGAGCCCUGGGUAAGAGUACAGGGACAGCUCUGGCCUCCCUCUACGAACUUGAAGGUGAACCAAGGCUCACUAGGUUAUAUUCCCUGGAAUCCCCAACAUAGGGAGAAACCUUGCAAUGAGAUCCUCCAUGGGAGACCAUAUGACAAAGAAGCAGAAUUAGGCCAUUCAGCCCAUCAUGACUCCUCCAACAUUCCAUCUUGGCUGAAUUACCCCAUUCCACCCCAUUCUCCUGCCUUCUCCCCUUAAACUUUGAUGUCCUGAUUAAUCAAAAUCGAUCAACCUCUGCUUUAAAUACACCCAGUGACUUGGUUUCCACAGCCAUCUGUGGCAAUCUGUGGGAAGGGUUAAACUGAUCUUAGAGUAGGUUAAAAGGUUAGUAAAAUCUCAUGGGCCAAAGGGCCUGUACUGUUCUGUGUUCUAAGAGAAACUCAACAAACAGCAUUGGAUCUAUGGUGAAUUGUCUGUUGGAUUCAGAAUUGUCUUGGCCAGAGCAGGAAGAGGGCAGUGGUUGAAGGGACUUAUUCUGGCUGGUGGUGUUCCGCACUGACCUGUACCGGAACCUCUGCUGUCUGUGAUGUGAGUGAGUGACCUCGGUGAAACUGCAGAUUGGUGGUGUUGUCAAUAGUGUGGGAUAUAGCUCAGGUGCAGAUGAAGUUUAACAUCGCCAGCUGUGAAGCGUGCUUUGGGAGAUCAGGUGUAAAGGGUCAGUACACUGGGAACCGUAACAACGCUGAUAUACAGAGGGCCAAGUUCACAGCUCCCUGAAAGUGACCGCUCAGGACAGAAGGCAGACAGCAUGCUUGCCUUUACUAGUCGAGACACUGGGUUCAAGAAAUAGUAAACUAUACUACAGGUGUGUAAAACUCUGGUCAGGCCACACCUGGAGGGUUUGGAGAGAGUUCACCAGAAUGCUAAGGAGAGGUUUUCUCUGGAGAAGCGGAAGCUGAAGGGGGAUCUGAUGAAGUUCAUUGGAUGAUGAGAUUAUCUUUCGUCCAGGGUAGAGGGCAUGCAUAUGAGGCGAGAGGAGGGAAGAUCUUUUUCUUCACAGAGUGGUGGGUGCUUGGAACGUGCUGCCAAGUGCGGUGGCCAAGGCAGAUAUGCUACAGGCUCUUAGACUGUUACGGGGGUGGGUGGGGGGGGGGGGUUCAGUAGUGUAGAGACAACUACAAUCAUUCUACAGCACCGAUUACUGAUCAGGGUUCGAUUCCCGCCACUGUCUGUAAGGAGCUUGGACAUUCUCCCCAGAACUGUGUGGAUUUCUUUCGGGUGUGCCAUGGUGGGUUAGUGAGUGGGUCGUGGGCUGGAAGCAUGGCAACCCUUGCAGUUUUCUCCCAGCAUGAUCCUCACGCUGAGCUGAACCAGUGUGGGGGAGCUGCAUUAACAGUGACACAGGGCGCUCGGGGAGAGAAGUCACACACGUGUGAACAGUCCCUCCGGUUCCUCUCCCACAAUACUCGAGGGGCCGAAUGGUCUACUUCUGCACCUAUUGUCUAAUACUAAUCCCUGGUUCUCAGGAUGGUCACUCCGUUCUCAGCAGUCUAAGGUGUUCUGUUCAAGCCCCCCUCCAGGGACUGAAUCACGCAAGUGUCAAGAUCACAGUGGCCAUUCUGCCUAUGUUGUCUGUCCAAUCAAUCACAGCCCAACUCUCUACCCCUUCUCUCUUCUGCUUCCCAUCUGGCAGAAGGCACAAAAUUCUGAAAGCACGACCCGGGUCAAGCACAAUUUUACCAUGCUGUUCGUUAUUAUAUCCGUUAUGAUAAGAUGGUCUGUUAUCAUUGAGCACUGCAGAAUAAACAGGCUCUUCGGCCCUUCAACUCCAUGCCCAUCUAUUAUUCUACCUUAUUGCUUUGACUUGCACCCAGACCAUAGCCCUCCAUACCCCUCCCAUCCUCGUAAUCACCCAAACUUCUCUUAAAUGUUGCCAUCGAGCCUACGUCCACCACUUCUGCCAGCAGCUCAUUCCACACUGAGUGAAAUGGUUCCCUCAUCUUCCCUUUAAAUCUUUCACCGUUAAUCUCCAGCUUUAAACCCUAUGAUCUUGCAUCUUACUGUUUACUGCACUGCUCUUUUCCUGUCUCGGUUCCACUUUUCCUGUACUGUUAUUGGCCUACCACCUCAAUGAUCUGAUCUGUACGGGCAGGUCCACGGCGUCACCCUCCCAAUCAUCACCAGACACAGACAAUCCAGCUUCACACGGGAGUUUGUCUGGCUGCUUCCAGAGCAAGUUGAUGGGGUUGUUUCAACGGUUGGGGGAUUCAGUUCAAGAGCUGCGGGCGAUGUAACUCUGUUACAGCCACACUUGGUCACUUCACUUAGAGAAAGGACAUGGAAGCUCCAGAGGGUGCAGGGGAGAUUUACCAGGAUGCUGCCUGGAUUAGAGAGGGUGCGGAGGAGAUUCACCAGGAUGCUGCCUGGAUUAGAGAGGGUGCAGAGGAGAUUCACCAGGAUGCUGCCUGGAUUAGAGAGGGUGCAGAGGAGAUUCACCGGGAUGCUGCCUGGAUUAGAGAGGGUGCGGAGGAGAUUCACCAGGAUGCUGCCUGGAUUAGAGAGGAUGCAGAGGAGAUUCACCAGGACGCUGCCUGGAUUAGAGAGGGUGCAGGGGAGAUUUACCAGGACGCUGCCUGGAUUAGAGAGGGUGCAGGGGAGAUUUACCAGGAUGCUGCCUGGAUUAGAGAGGGUGCAGAGGAGAUUCACCAGGAUGCUGCCUGGAUUAGAGAGGGUGCGGAGGAGAUUCGCCAGGAUGCUGCCUGGAUUAGAGAGGGUGCGGAGGAGAUUCGCCAGGAUGCUGCCUGGAUUAGAGAG